AUGCAUGUACUCUGCUUUAAUGUUCGUGGUCUCGAUUUACGUUGGGGAGAAGUUUGCCUGCUGGUGAAAAAAUAUCGUUUCGAUAUUAUUGUACUUGGGGAGGUUGGUCAUGUUGACUUUUCUUUAUUAGGUGCCGCAUUCGCUAACUACCGUAUCUUCUAUCAAGCUGGUGAAAAUGCACAUGGGGGUGUUCUUGUAUUGAUACAUUAUGAUAUUCCAACUACGAGAAUUUCUUGUUCAUUGCCGAACGUUUGUGUAAUUGAUUUACUGUUGGAACAAACAAUAAGACUUAUAGCAAUUUACGCUCCAGCAAGCAAAUCCUGGGAAUGGAUGGAUCUGUCGUCAUUCAUCACGAAUCGUUGUACGAUUACAGGCGAUUUCAACAUCGAUAUCGAAAAGGAUGGUGAAAAAGCUGAACGUUUACUAGAAUGGAUGGACUCAUGUUGUCUCGGUCCUUUUGUUCCGGAUUCUAAUACAUCGCUUCGGUCUGAUCGAACAAUUGAUUAUGCCCUAGCAGCUGGUGUGAAUAUAUCGAUUCAAACCUGUGAAGAUGACACUUGUAGCGAUCAUAAGCAUCUGCUGAUGGUGCUGGUUCGUGAUACAGUUUUGAAGCUAGAAGGAUCGCGAAUAAUAUGGUCGAUCUUUUCGCUAAUGCUAUCUUAUACAUUUGAAUAUUGGGGAAAAGAAUGGAUCACUGAAUCGUAUGAUAUUACAUAUGAACGAUUGAUAUCUUUUAUUGUAUUACUUGCUGCAAGGUGUACGCAAUACUUUCCACUCAAGCGAACCAGGCCGUCGGUGCCGCCCGAACUUAUGAAACUCUUAAGACAAAGUAGAUCACUAUCGUACAAAGCAAAGCGAAAGGGUGAUAUUAUUCUUCGGCAGGAAGCUCGUCAUCUUAGGAACGUCGCUCGUUAUGAAUUAAAACGUUAUCAACAAUCUCGACUUACGCAACAACUGAAGGAAAGACAUGUUCCGGGUGAAUGCUCGACAGUAUUCUGGAGUAAAACGAAAAGACAUUUUCGAACCACCUCGUCAUCAUUAAGAGGUUUCUUACUUCCGAAUGGUGAAAUAAUAAAGGAUCCGCAAGCGAUGGUGGAUACCGCGGCAGAUUAUUAUGAAACUCUAUUUAAAGCACCGGUGGUCGUACGCCUGCAUCCAUAUGUGGAUGCCCCGAAUGUGCAAUGUGUGAAUGUGUCGGAACCGAUACCACUUGUAACUUAUCCAGAAAUAAAAUUCCAAAAAACUACUGGCACUUAUUUAUAA